AUGACGUCGGUCUCGGAUGAGCGGCCAGCAUCGACCAUCACCAUCCCCACCGCCGCUGUGCCCAAACCUGCCCUGGAAAUCGUCACCAGACCAAAGUCUUUGAGUAUGAGUGCUGACGGCUCGGUGGAAGUCAUCCAGACGGCGCGCAUCACUGAUCCCUUUGCUGCCCAGGUGGACGCGGCCAACGCGGAACAUGUGGCCUACCUUCGGACAAUGAUUUCCAGUCUACUAGACAACCAGAUGACCCUCUCUUCGGCCCUCGACGAGACUCGUGAGGCCUGUGCGCAGCUUAGUCUGGAAAAGGCGGAACUGUUAGCCGCAAGCAGUCAGGAAGCUCAAGUUUUACAAAACGAGAUCAGCCUAUGUCGUCAGCGAGAGGCAGAUAUUCUGCUCGCCUAUGAGGAACUUCGACACAGGGUCGAGUCCAUAGACAACAUAAUACAGGAGGUUCCCUGGCUGGAACAACUGUUCAAUUCCAACGAGCCGAUCUCAGUCUGUGUGAAGAAACUGAAAGGUGGGUCACCUGUCGAGCGCAGGAUCUCCACCACUGACACCACUCCUCACCUAUCUCCAGCCCACCACCCACAGAUGGCCGAUCAACCAGCGGACUACCGCUGGUCACGCGACGGCGGUGAGGAGGAGAGACCAGUUCAGAAAUUUCGGCGCUCUGGCAGCGACUCGCCC